AUGACGACGACGCCCCCCGUCUCGGCUGCCGCCGCCGCCGCCGCCUCCUUCCUACUCCUCCUCCUCGCCGCAAUCUACCCUCCUGCGCCUCCGCCGUCCGCGCACGCCCUCGGCGCCACAUCCGCUACCAUCGCCGUCGUCUACGGCUCCGCCACCGCCGUCUGCACCGUCGCCGCACAGCAGCCGUUCCAGCAGGUCCAAUGCUGGCAGGACGGCCGCCUCCUCCCCCCGAUCCUCCCGACCACCUCCUUCGACGCCGUCUCCGGCGGCCGCGACACCCUCUGCGGCCUCCGCUCCGGCGGGUUCAGCCUCCUCUGCUGGAACACGGCCUUCGCCCCGAAGAGGAUCUACGGCGACGCGUCGGCUCCCCUGACCUCCAUCGCCGUCGGCGACACCCAAAUCUGCGGCCUACGAAGCGUCAACGCCUCGGGUAAUGCUGCCGUCUGCUGGCGAGGUAACAGCGAUUUCUCCUCAUCCCAAAUCCCUAACGGAAAUUUCCCAUUUCGCUCGAUUUCAUCUGGAUUUGGAUUUACCUGCGGGAUUCGUGCGAACGCUAAUCGCGUCGUUUGUUGGGGAAAUUCCACCAUUUCACGCUCGAUACAGUUAGCGUACGCCAACUAUUCGAUGAAAAGCAUCAUCGUCGGCGAAAAAUUCGCCUGUGGGAUUAACGCCACAGGCUAUGUAGUCUGCAAAGGGAGUAACAGCAAUAAACAGCUAAACGUCCCUGCAAACAACGCAUACGAAUACAGAGGACUCGCUCUGGGGGCCAAACACAGCUGCGCAAUCCGAAGAUUGAACCGCACGGUGGUCUGUUGGGGCGGAGAGGACGACGACGAGUUUUCCGGUGUCUCAACAAUCGACGGGAUCUCUUUCGAGUCAAUUUCCGCAGGCCCGGAUUUCACCUGCGGCUUAAUCACAUCCAAUUUCACCGUCUUUUGCUGGGGGCCCGGCUGGCCCGACCGGUACCCUAACUUCCUCCCGCUACCAAAAUCUCUUCCCGGGCCGUGUGUCGAUACAGCGUGUGAAUGCAAUCUCUAUCCGCAAUCGCAGACCCUUUGCUCCGGCAACGGCCAUGUUUGCAGGCCUUGCGAUAUCCCAGCUCCGGGCCCGCCAAAUCUCCCGAAAACCCCACACGUCAAUGUCAUUACUCCCCAACCAGACAGCUCCACCGGACUGAAAAAGGGUUUAUUGAUCUUCGCCAUAGUCGGCUCAGGCGGCGGGUUCGCCGGAGUAUGCGCCUUAGCCUAUCUACUGUGGACAGGCACCAUAUGUUUAGGGAAGAAGAAAAUCCACAACUCUGUCCAGCCAACAAUCGCCGGCCCGAACUCAGCCCAGCAACAGCCCGGCAGCGGGCCUCUGUCCCGUUCCUCCACCCUCCGCCGCCAGGGCUCCCUCCUCAUGAGACGCCAGAGGAGCGGCACCUCAUCGGCAAACCGAGCUGAAGAAUUCUCGUUUUCCGAGCUCGCCCGAGCCACGAACGACUUCUCGUCCGAAAACAAGAUCGGUUCCGGAAGUUUCGGUGUCGUGUACAGAGGCAAACUCAACGACGGGCGUGAAGUCGCCAUCAAGAGAAGUGAAAAUGGGCCUAAAGCGAAGAAAUUUCAAGAAAAGGAAAGCGCUUUCGAAUCCGAGCUUUCAUUCCUCUCCCGUGUCCACCACAAGCAUUUGGUCCGACUGGUCGGUUUUUGCGAGGAGAAAGACGAACGACUUUUAGUCUACGAGUACAUGAAAAACGGGGCACUUCACGAUCACUUGCACGGAAAGUACAACGUGGAGAAGAGUAGCAGUGUUUUAAAUUCGUGGAAAAUGAGGAUUAAGGUAGCAUUGGGUGGGGCCCGCGGGGUCGAGUACCUCCACAGCUACGCGGUCCCGCCUAUAAUCCACCGGGACAUCAAGUCGUCGAACAUACUUCUAGACGAGAAUUGGGACGCACGGGUUUCUGAUUUUGGGCUUUCACUGAUGGGCCCGCCGGCCCAAGGGCAGGGUGGUGGGGAAUUGGGCCAGGUUUUGGACUCGAGGGUGGGCCCGCCUGGGCCGGAGGAGGCGGAGGCGGUGGAGCUGGUGGCGUACACGGCUGUGCACUGCGUGCAUUUGGAAGGGAAGGAUCGGCCGACGAUGAGCGAUGUGGUGGCGAAUUUGGAGCGGGCCUUGGGCUUGUGUGAGGGUAGCCAUGGGAGUAUCUCGAGUGGACGAAUUUCUGUUGUGUCUGAUUGA